AUGCCUAACAACUCCGCAGCGUGGAUGCCAGGUCCGAAGCAACAACUCCAAGUCAGAGAAGCGCCAUAUACCAAACCUGGACCUGGUGAAAUUGUUGUUCGCAAUCGAGCUGUGGCGAUUAAUCCCAUCAACUGGAUACUCCAAACGAAUGGCACGGCCAUGGCAUUCGGUUGGAUCAAGUACCCUUUCGUCUUUGGAAGCGAUGUCGCUGGAGAAGUAGUCCAGGUUGGAGAGCAAGUAACUCGCAUCAAAGUUGGCGACCGUGUUACAGGCCAAGCGCACAGUGUGGAGAAGGAUAUCAACAACUCUGCAUAUGGAGGCUUUCAGCAGUAUACAAUUUUGCUAGAGAGGAAUACCGCCACGAUCCCGGAGAACAUGUCAUUUGAAUCUGCAACAGUACUUCCACUGACUUUAACGACUGCCGCGGCUGGGCUCUUCGAGAAGAGCCAGUUGAAUCUGGAAUAUCCUCAACUGGAAGCAAAACCAACUGGAAAGACGCUUCUUGUAUGGGGAGGUUCGACGAGUGUGGGCCUCAAUGCGAUCCAACUCGCGGUGGCUGCUGGCUACGAUGUUAUUUCUACAUCUUCACCCCGCAACUUCAACCUGCUGAAGUCGCUCGGUGCCAGCGAAGUUUUCGACUACAACGACCCCAAAGUCGUGGACGCUAUUGUCGAGGCCAUGAAGGGAAGAAUAUCUGCAGGAGCUAUAGCCAUCGGGGAGAACUCAAUGUUCCGAUGUUUGGACGUAUUGGGUCGCAGUAAGGGUGACAAACACAUGGCAAUGGCAACAUUUCCGAUUCCAUCGCAGCCGAAGCGGUUCGCCCUUCUGCAGACCAUUUACUGUUACGUUACGUCGAUGAUAUCAAUCACCAUCAAGUCGAAACUACGAGGCAUUACAACGAGCUUCAUCUGGGGCUCAUUGGCUCACUCACCGGUUGGAGAAGCUGUGUAUGCGAAAUAUCUGCCCGAGGCCCUCGCAACUGGCAAGUUCAGAGCGGCACCAGAGCCCCUGGUGGCAGGAGAAGGACUAGAAGCGAUACAAGGUGCGAUCGACUUGCAGAAGAAGGGGGUCUCGGCCAAGAAGGUAGUCGUGAGCUUGAAUUAG